UUCCAUCGCUGGGUUGUCACGUGGUGAGUCAAGAGGGAGAUCAGCGUGUAGACACGCCCCCACAUGACAUCAUUCUAUCCCUCCCUCUACAUGUCACGACUUCCUCAAAGUAUCAAUAUGGAGCUUUUGCGGCCCAUCCAGAGGAAGGAGCAGAGCGUUUGAAUGUUACACAGAAUUGUGGCGUCAGAAAGUUUAAAUGUCAAAGAGAGGCAACAUUGCGCAAGGAAGGGAUUGCUAAAGGUAAAUCAAGGAGCAUCAAAAGCUCUUGGCUCGGGCCUUGGAUACUUGGAACACAUCUGUCAGCUCAUAGAAAAAAUUGGGCAGCUCCAGGAACACAACCUCAAGCUGCAAAGGCAAGUCUUUGCCUUGCAAAAAGAGGACAGAAUGAAACAGAUGAAAGAGGAGUAUGUUGUACAGCACUGCUGCUGUGGAGCAGCCGAUGUUUUCCUCAGUUCCCACCAAGAGAUGAAGAAACAAGUUCCCUUGAGAAGGAACCGGCCACACAGUAUGUUUGUACAAAGUGGAAAUAACUCUGACCUUUUCAUGAUCCCAGAAACCGGUGUCAACUCAGAGAAGUUUGGCUACAAAGCAUCGAAUGUGCAGAUGAAUGAAAGAAGAAGCCCUUCGUUGCUCGGGUUUAGGAAGUCAGCCAACAAAGUGAAAUUUGAUGAAAGAGUUUUUCAGAAAUUGUGGGACAAGACAUACUGUUAUGCUUUGCCAGAGCAGGAAACUAGAAAGUUUGAUCAUCCAUUCAGAAUUGUCAGGGAACUUCUGAAGAAAACAAAGACCAGAAAUAAGUUGGGAAUGUCGGCAUCUUUGAAAAGUUCAUGCCCUCAGCUCUACAGGCCUGAUCUUGUACAAUGCGAUUUGAAAAGAAAAGAAAGGAACUCAAUGAUUGUUCUUGGACCGAAUACAAAGAGGAGGGAAUCUAUGUGGUCUAGCAAUUUUCUCUUAAGCAGAAAAGAUGAUGAUAUGUGAAGGUGUGGAAGAGGAAGAAGAAGAAGAAAAGCAAGAGGAUGUGGAGAAAAGACAAAAACAGGAUGCUAAGAAAAAUGGAAAACGUGUGGAAGCUGCUCUAUUAGAUGGAAAUGUAAAAUUUUACACUAUAAAAUGAGCAAUGCAAGUGUACAAAGAUGUGUUGAUUUGGAAUUCCCAGGGCUAUUUAUUCUGCAAACUGAUGUAGAACUUGGUAUUUAUUGCCUGUUUUGUUUUCAAUGUCAGGAUAUUUCAGUUCAAACAUGUAUAGUAAAUUUUCACAGUCUCCAACACUCCUGAAUGGAACAAUGGGACAGUUUAGGCUAUGCCACUGGUCUGUUUCAUUCAUGCUGUGCAUCUAAUGAUAGGAAAGAAUUACAUAUUAGUAUAUCUCCCUGAAAAACCUUCCUGCCGGCUAGAGUCAAAAUCACCGGGAAGGAUGGCACUCGGAGCGCUUUGAUUUCAAAAGUCGCCCGAAGUUGCGUCAAGCGGAAAGCUCUCUGAGUGCCAUCCCGCCAGCAAUUUAGAUUCUAGCCAGAGGGAAGACUUUUCGGGGAGAUAAGUCGCCGGAAUAAGAGGCGCUUUGUCGCCAGGCAACUAAAUCUCCCCGAAUCGUAUCUUGUGCCCUUACCCAUAGGACUGAGAAGCUUCUUAGAAGUAGCAUAUAUGGACCCCCAACAGGGUUCCUUUUAAGCAAUUACUAUAUAUUGCUAUUGUGUUGGUGUCUUGGUUCUGAUCUCUAUACAGUCACUUCACAGUGAGCAGCAAAUAUGGGUGGGGACUGCUGGGCAUUGACAACUGGUGCUGGGCACUACUAGGCGAGGGGCACCUAGUUUUUAAAUAAAGCGCAUUUACAUCUAUACAUUCUAAGUGUAGAACAGGAGGUUGAAAUAUAUCGCUGGAAAGUAUCAUUACAACUUCUGUUUAAAGAAACUGAUAAUUAAACAUGGUUGUUCAAUGUUUUCCCCUGAUGCCUAUAGCACAGGACUUCUACAGGUAAUACAGUAAUUGACAGGGGCGUAACUACAGAGGAAGCAGACCCUGCGGCUGCAGGGGGGCCCAGGAGGUACAGGGAGCCCAAUGAGGCUCUCAUUGAUGAGCAUUUUGAACAUAUAUUGGUAAAACAGGACAAACACUGGAUAUGUUGGGGGCCCUAAAAUUAAUUUGCUGUGGGGCCCAGCAACAUCUAGUUACGCCACUGGUAAUUGACAAUAAAUCUGACACUGAAAGACAGUUUUGUUUUUUAAAAUUGCAGCUAAUGCAUAGUGAGGCAUAUCUAGUGAGACAUAUAUGCAGUAUAAUUGUUACCAGAAAACUAGGAUGUAUUGCUAUAGAGCUCAUCAUGGACCCUAGUGGUGGGGGGUUCAUUUAGUAAGUGUAUAGCUAGGGACAAAGUUCAAAAUACAGGCCAGUCUGUGUUUUCUGCACUUUUUGCCCCUCCUUGCUCUUUAAAAGAUUACAGCAGGUCUCUGUGCUCCAAAAGUAGCACAGACACCUGCACUUGGCAUUGCUGUUUUUAUGAGGGGCUGGUGGUGGAGGCAUAUAGACAUUCCAAAAAACAGCAGCAUGCACUCAAAUAUCCAACAAACAGGUGUAUAAAUAAAAGGAAAGUUUACUUUAAUGCAAAAAUAUAAGAUACACCAACAGCCUUAAUUAUUUUGUGCACAGAUACAUUUAAUCAUUCCUCCUGUCCCUUUACCAGUCCCCUAAUUUGUUCGCAAUUCAGACAUGACAGGCAGUAAAGAGAGGACUGGCUUGCGCCUGCCAACACUGUGAUUAGUGCUUAUCACUUUCAACAGGCUCAGUGCUGCACUCUCACACCAGCUGCAAACAAGUGUGUUUUUGCAAUUGGUGCAAGAGCAGCAAUAAAUGGCCCUUGUAAAUUAUAUUUCACUGCUAAACAUCAUAGUCAGGGAUAUGGUCUAAAUUAUGGAAAGACCCUUUGUCUGGCAAACCCUAAUCGGAAAUGUGUGGCAUCUUUUGUGUGCCUAUUUUAAUGUAUUCAUUGUUCAGUUCUCUGUUACUGUUUUCAUAAAAUAUUUAUCAGCUAUUAUUCGAGCUGAAACAAUUGUUUACUUGAUUAUUCUGUGAAUAGUCUCUCUUCAUUUUUCAAUACAUUAAGUUUUAUAUAACUUUACAAACUGUUGUCACAUUUCAGGAUGUAUAAUUUUUAUAAAAUUAACACAUUUUCUGUUUAUACCUAUGCAAAUGUUAUUAUACUUACACAUUAUUUUAUAUUUAUGACCUGCAUCCAGAUAUAUUUUUACAAGAUGUUAACAUUUUCAGAAAUAAAAUUGUUUAAUAAACUUCUUUAUGAUAUA